AUCACAACACCGGCUUUACUGUGUGUGUGGCGCUCUCAUGCCCAUCAGUGGUCGCAGGCACGUCAACAUCCAUGUGUGGGAGAACGUGGACAGCAGUAAAAAAUGGUCUCCCAACACUUUAUCAUUUUAUCAGGGACACGUUGCACCAGAGGCACUGGAGAGCUCAUAACGAGUAUUCAGCAGUCUGUCACAUAAUUCGCGGAGUAUGUACCUCAGGAAUAAUGUUCUCAUUAUGGCAAUACGAAGAUGUUACUCCGUUGAGACGAUUCUCCAACCGAAAACUUCCAGAGUUCAGCAACUUCGAGAACGACUGAGGAAUGACAACAGUGGGAUCCUGACGGAUUCCUUCGGGAGGAAACACACGUACCUGAGAAUUUCUGUGACGGAGCGAUGCAAUCUUCGAUGUUUGUACUGCAUGCCUGCGGAGGGUGUCAAAUUGACAAAGAAUGAGAAUAUAUUGAAGACUGAUGAGAUACUGCGACUGGCGAGGCUCUUCGUUAAGAGGGGAGUUCGGAAAAUUCGGUUAACAGGAGGUGAACCGACGGUUAGAAAGGAUAUAGUGGAUAUUAUAGCUCAGUUGAGGCAACUAGAAGAAAUAGAGAGCAUAGGAAUGACAACAAACGGCUUGGUACUGACUCGCCAACUUCCGGCUCUGCAGCGAGCGGGAUUAGACGCCCUGAACAUCUCCCUGGACAGUCUCCACAAAGAUCGUUUCGAAAAGUUCACGAGGAGGCAGGGAUGGAGUCGAGUGAUGGCUGCAAUUGACCUAGCCGUGCAGCUACAGUUCAAUCCAGUCAAGGUAAAUUGCGUCAUCAUGCGGGGCUUCAACGACGACGAGCUCACAGACUUCGUUGAACUAACCAGAGAUAAACCUAUCGACAUACGGUUCAUCGAGUACAUGCCCUUUGACGGUAAUAAAUGGGAUGAAAGUAAAAUGGUAUCUUUCAAGGAGAUGAAGGAGAAGAUCAGGGAGAAAUUUCCAGAUUUUCAACCGAUGAAAAAUUCGUCCAAUUCUACGUCAAAGGCGUUUUACGUUCCUGGAUUUAUAGGCCAAGUAGGUUUCAUAACAUCAAUGAGCGAGCACUUCUGCUACUCCUGCAACAGAUUACGAAUAACAGCCGAUGGAAACCUAAAAGUCUGUCUCUUCGAGGGCAAAAGUGAAGUAUCCUUGAGAGACGCCAUAAGAAGUGGAGCAGGAGACGAAGAGAUCGAGGAAAUAAUCGGCCUGGCAGUUUCCAAAAAAAAGAAACAACACGCCGGAAUGCUCAAUCUAAAAGACAUGGAAAACCGUCCAAUGAUUUUGAUAGGUGGUUGAUUCUUGCAGGACCUGGUACUGGUGUUAGUGCUAAUGCCGGUGCUGAUGUUGAUGCUGGUUCUGGUGAUGGAGGAGAAAGCGCAGGGGAUGGAGAAAGAGGUGAAACCGAAGAAGUAGGACUUUCGCGCCCUAAUCCUUCAUGCAGAGACGACGUCUCACUCAAAGUUCGACAUUUCUGGGAGUCUAACUCGGUGUUAACUUUUUUUGGCGCAUUCCACUCAUUCCAAUCGGCAUUGGACGCGUCCGCUGUUUUACCAUUUGGCCAGGGAAAUACUGAAGGAAUUGCUCCUGGUUUUAGUCGUGGAAUUCUAUAAGGUGACUGCAAUAAGGGAAAGAUGAUUAUCAACUCGUACAGUCGAGAAAAGUCAAAUAAAUUGAUAAAUAUACAUACCACACCAAUGAUUGUACCGUUUGGAGCGCGGAAUUCACGUUGCCAAACGUAUUCAUUUGGUAAAAAGUGUUUUUCACAGAUGCUUUGUCCUGCAGUUACUUUCUCACACCCAACAGCUUUUCUCCAUUCAUCCACACGAUUUUUUGGCACCGUAAAAAAAUGGAAUGGUUGAGGAUUAUUUUUGUAGCCCGAUUUACAACGUGGAACCGCACACGUCGGCAUUUUAUUUCACCACUGAAAUUCGUUCUUUUAUGUUUCCGUUUUUUAUUCGACAAUUUAAUCUAAAGCAGUCAGUUCAAGAUUAACUAAAAUUGAGAAAACACUCAAAAAUAUCAAAUUGGCCGUUUUCAAAUAUUGGCUUCGCCGGUUUCGUCAGCUGAUUCGAUAAUGAGCAUGUUGAAAUUAAUUCUGAGGCGGAAUGUUCAGAUUGGAUUGAAUUGGUUUAUAAAUCUGGAGGAAAAGGGGGGAUUCAAGGCAUAGAAGAAGAAUAGAAAAAGUGCGGCUGGUCACUUAAAGCGCCCAGAGUCACCUAAAUCAUACUAUCUUUUGUAA